AUGGGGGACACCUCGCAUUCCAACUCCCCAGAGGCUUUGGGAGCCCAGAUCGCCGCUCUCAAGAGCAGCUCUACCAAUCUACGCACCGAAGUUUUGCGGAAACUACUGCAUGAGAUACAAGGCUGGGGGACGCCGACUAUAGACGCCACAGUUGACAGGACUCUGGAUGACGAGACAGCAUUUACCCACGCCUCAAAGAUACUCCCUAUCCUGCUUGCGACUUACCCGCGUUACGUUGACCGGAAAUCCCGUCGCGCAGUUCAGUCAUGCCUCCGAGCCUAUCUUCAUAUCCCUUCUUCGGCCGACACCACAUACCCUGUCGUCACUAGCUUCUUGCUGCAAGGGAGCCAGAAGGCUGCGAUCGCCCCCACGAGUGCUUUUGUACUACUAGAAUGGGGAUGCAUUGCCCAGCAAGAAAUCUUAAACAACAAGAAAGCAUUCGACUUAUUCUUCGCGAAGAUAUGCGUGGCUUCCGCCCGACUUGUCGACAAAUGCGAAGAUCGAGACGUUCGGGGUGGAGUACAGCAUUCUGCUGUGACAAUAGCCAGAAGAGGACUACGGGACGUGCUAAAGAAUGAGAAAUUUGGGGGGGCAGCCCUCGACAUCGCUCUCAAACAUGUCGUUGGUGCAACUGAUGCGAGUGCUAGCUACGCACCGUACGUGGGAAUCAUUGCAGGUGUAAGUUCCCGCAUUCCCGAACGGCAUGCGCAGCUCCAGGCCUCGAGCAAGCAGAUACUGGACUUUUACGUCAAAUGUAUCAUUGGAUCCAAAACCCCUGUGCCCGCGCAUGAAGCUUUGGGAAUUGCAGACUUCUUCAUGGAUUAUGCCACCGAGAAAGACAUGAGUGAGACAGUGGUGCCUGCCAUUGAGAAGGGUAUACUUCGCUCCCCCGAAGCCAUUCUCCAGGGCCCAAUCGAAGCGCUUGCGUCGUAUCUCCCAAAGAAGAUAGAUAUCUCAGGUCUUCUUGCAUCGAAGCUCGUCAAACCUCUUAUUUCCGCCAUGACUUCCACAAAUGCAACUAUUCGUGAAGGUGCUGGAAGGGCAUUGUUGGCUCUGGUCAGAAGGGGUGGGAGUCCUGAUGCCUACCACAAGACCGCAAUGGAACUGUCAGCAGCUCUGAAGUCUUCGAAGGCUGCAAAUUUCGAAAUGCGCGGAAUAAUUUCUGAAGUCCUGGAAAUCGUGCCUCCAGAGCAGAAAACUUCACCUGUUAUUGCUCAGGCUCUCACCGUUGCUGCGGCAAAAGAAGCGAACGAAGGCGCACUGAGGAAAGAGCUCACAGCGAUUGCUCCCCAUCUGCAAGCUAUCUUGACAUUAUCGACGAUCGAUAAGGCUCUCUCAGAACCCAUUCUGAAAGGCUGCGCUGAGAAACGCCUCAACUUUCGCAAAUCUUGGAUCUUGUUCAUCGCCAAUGUGCUCAAGGGAUUGGAACAUGCUCCCGUGGAUGACAGGUCGCAGGAGUUCGUUCACUCAGCGUUGAAGGUGCUGAAAAAUGUUCAUGAUGAAAUUGCUCCUAACCCAAUGCCUGCAGUCCAGAAUGGCUAUGUUGCCGCAGCAUUUGGCCUUCCUGCGCUGCUAGACGCGCCACUUUUGCGCACGGAUGUUUACCGGUCGAAAUCCUACGAUGAUCUGAGACAACAUCUACUUGAUUUUGAGCCGAAGAUUUCGCUGUUGCUGAAUCCCAAGGUCUACAUGAAACUUUCCUCCGUCGACGAAAGUCGCUGGGCGUUGGCUGCUCUUGUUACCGCAGCUCCAGAGCUGGAGAACGCCUCGGAGGAAGCAAAGACUGCAUGGGCUAGGGCGAUCCUACACCUCUUGCUCACACCCGACGUUGACAACAACGUACGCAAAGAGACCGGAGCUGCGCUAUCAAGAGUGUACCUCAACAAACCCGCUUCAGUGGGGCAAAGCAUCGUGUUGGGUAUUUGGGACAUCCUCAAGUCCCGUUCAUCGGACUUAAUCGCCAAAUAUGAAGAGGGUGUGCCCUUGAGUGAUAAUCGUAUACUUCAAGCCAUCAAAUGCAUAUCUCCGGCCAAAGCCAAGACCCCAGAGCAAAAUGUACCGCUCGAAAUCUUGGAGCAGCAAUCAAUAUCCACAACUGUCCUCCUUCGCCCGGAGUUGAUUGCGAAGGCAGACUGGAUUGCAACAUGUCUCGGUAUUGGCGUUGAUCCUGGCAAGUUGGUUGAGCAACAUCAGGAUGCUUUCUUUGCAGAACUUCUUUCACACUUCAUGAGCACCCAAUUUGCACCUCUAAAUGUUUUCGAACUUGCUGCUUGCAAUACUGCAGCUACACUAGCAUUUGUCGCUCCAGAAACAUUUACCCCUGCAUUGAUCGAACAGUUCCGGCAAGAUCUCUCCACCGACGAUCUUGAGAACACAGGCCCUACGGAAGCGCUGAUUGCCAGAUCUCCAGAAGGAACUUUGGUUGUAGACGUUCUCGGACAGCAAUCGAAUGCCGCUUUGGAAAAUAAGAACCAGAAGGAUUACGAUGUUCUGAAGUGGGAAGAGGAAAUACGCCAACAGUUAGCCAAGAAGAAAGGCGCUCCUCAGAAGAAACUGACUCCAGAUCAGCAAGCCAAAGUCGAUGCUCAGCUUUCGUAUGAAAAGGCUGUCCGGACCAAGCUGAGGUCGGUCUCUCAUAGAAUCAGAAGAGGUGCAAAAUUCAUUGAAGGCCUGGCUCGGGGUCCACCCACUGAUGCACGGCUUUGGAUGGCCCCAGCCAUUACCACCUUGACGCGUGCGCUCGAAGCUGGUGCGCCUCUCAUCGUGGAUGAUGAACUUGUCACUGCCUAUCUGGCCUGCUCUACCAAAGUCUCGGAUCGGCUAGGAUCACUGCGUCAAUUCAUUGGCGUAGCCACGCUGAGAUCUCUUCGAAGUAGCAAUGUUCCGGAGCACCUUUGCGUAGAGCCUCUCGCAGAGUUAGGUACUAGGGUCUUAUACAGACUGAGGUUUGCAGCAGAGCAACGACCUUUUGAUACGGCAAGCACCGCAUAUGCUCUGCCACUUAUUUUCCAAGUCCUGGAUAAUGGUCGAGUUGGCGAUGUAACUGGAGAGGAUGCUGAUGCACAAGUUCUUCUUGCCUUGGAAUUCUUAUCAUUCCAGAUGGGUUCUGGGGCAGAUGAGCAGCUUCCCAGAGCCGAUAUUCUGCGCCAUCUAAUCAAAGCAAUGCAGACAUAUACCCAGCAUUACCGAAUCAUCAAAGACUGUCUACUCGAUUUUUGUCGAUCCAUUUCGGAAAAUCUUACUGCAGAGGAAAGAGACAUCCUUCUAUCAUCAGUAACAUUACCUCAAUCUUCUGUCCGUGCUGCCGUUCUGCAAGCAAUACAGUCAGAGAUUGAUCUUUCCGAGAUCGAAUUUUCGGCCCACAUAUGGAUCUCGUGUCAGGAUGAAGAAGAUGAAAAUGCAGAAACAGCUCUGGCUAUCUGGCAGGAGCACGAUUUUACAGUCACUGAGGUCAUGAUCGAUCAAAUACCUCCGUUCUUAUUCUCUACCGCGCGAUCAACCAGACUUGCCGCAUCGAAAGCGCUGGCACAAGCACUUCUUCAAGCGCCAUCCAAGAUAGAACCCAUACUCAAUAGUCUGGAGGAAUCCUAUCGUGUUGAAGCGCAACCCUUGGUGCCAAAACGUGACAAGUUUGGAAUAGUCCAGCGAGGAGAUCUAGUCGAUCAGUGGGAAAGACGCAGCGGAAUUGCUCUCGCCUUCAAGGAGUUCAGUAGUGUUCUGAACAAAAGCGCUCUUGUCCCUUUCAUGCAAUUUCUGGUAUCUGAAGGUGCACUAGCUGACCGCCACCCUAUUGUGCGCUCGGAGAUGGUCGAUGCUGGGACGGCCCUAGUUGCGGCACGAGGUAAAGAGUGCUUGGAGCCUCUCAUGCACAUCUUCGAGGAGGGUUUGGAAGGCCCUGAUAAAGCAACGCAAGAAGCUGACUGGGUUAACGAAGCUGUUAUCGUUCUUUAUGGCUCGCUGGCACAACAUCUUCCCGAUGGGGACAAACGAACUCAAAAUGUCAUACAAAAGCUGCUGGAGACACUCAGCACUCCAUCGGAGUCUGUCCAGUACGCUGUUGCAAAUUGCUUGCCACCUCUAGUCCGACCAAGUACUGUCGACGUUGCUCCUUACAUAGCUACCUUGCUCGAUACCCUCUUGAAUUCGAAGAAGUAUGCAGCACGCAGAGGCGCCGCAUAUGGUUUGGCUGGCGUCAUAAAGGGCAAAGGUGUGGUAGCUUUGCGACAGCAUAGAGUAAUGUCUGCCCUCCGGAGUGCAUCGGAGAACAAGAAAAGCCCAGAUCAACGCCAAGGUGCAAUGAUGGCUUACGAGCUUAUGUCACUGCUCCUAGGACGCACUUUCGAGCCUUACGUGAUCGAAGUACUUCCUCAAAUGCUGACAUGCUUCGGCGAUCCUGCAGCCUCUGUGCGUGAAGCCACUCUAGACACAGCAAAAACCUGCUUUGCCAGUUUGAGCUCUUUUGGAGUCAGGCGCGUGCUGCCUCAACUGUUGGACGGUUUGGACGAGACGCAAUGGCGAAGCAAAAAGGGAGCAUGCGACCUGCUUGGCGCGAUGGCAUACCUGGAUCCUCAGCAAUUGGCCACAAGCUUGCCAGAGAUCAUUCCGCCACUGACAGCUGUACUGACAGACAGCCACAAAGAAGUACGCGCUGCUGCCAACAGUAGUUUGAAGAGAUUUGGCGAGGUCAUCACUAACCCUGAAGUCAAGAGCCUUGUUGAUGUACUGCUCAAAGCCCUUAGUGAUCCCACAAAGUAUACAGAAGAGGCGCUGGAUGGUCUUAUCAAGGUCAACUUCAUUCACUACAUUGACUCGCCGUCACUGGCUCUUGUUGUAAGGAUUCUUGAACGAGGGUUGAACGAUCGCUCCGCCACGAAACGGAAAGCAGCGCAAAUCAUUGGCAGUCUUGCUCAUCUUACGGAGAAACGAGACAUUGUCACACACCUCCCAGUUCUCGUAACGGGCCUACGCCUCGCUUCUGUUGACCCUGUUCCAGCAACCAGAGCGACGGGUGCCAAGGCUUUGGGAAGUCUGGUUGAGAAGCUGGGUGAAGACGCUUUCCCUGAUCUCAUACCUAGUCUCAUGUCCUCACUACGCACUGAUACUGGCGCAAGUGAUCGUCUUGGAUCUGCCCAAGCUCUCAGUGAAGUUCUGGCCGGACUUGGGACAGCUCGCCUGGAAGAGACGCUUCCAACAAUCUUGCAGAACGUCGCCAGCCCACGAGCGACGGUCAGGGAAGGCUUCAUGACGCUCUUCAUAUUCUUACCGGCAUGCUUCGGCAACAGCUUUGCCAACUAUCUGGCACAAAUUAUACCAUCCAUCCUGGCUGGUUUGGCUGACGACGUGGAGGCCAUUCGGGAGACAUCACUUCGAGCAGGAAGAUUGCUCGUCAAAAAUUUCGCAAGCAAAUCGAUCGAUCUGCUGCUACCGGAGCUACAGCGUGGUUUGGCUGACGACAGUUACCGCAUCCGUCUCAGUUCAGUCGAAUUGGUUGGCGAUCUUCUGUUCAAUCUCACUGGCAUUACAGGUCAGACAGACGCCGAGGAAGAGGACGAGAAGGCGACGCAAGCAGGUCAAUCUCUUCUCGAGGUUUUGGGAGAGGAAAGACGAAACAGAGUGCUUUCUUCCUUAUAUAUUUGCCGGUGCGAUACUUCAGGCCAAGUUCGAGCUGCUGCUAUUGCUGUUUGGAAGGCACUCGUUGCUACGCCGAGAACCCUGCGCGAGUUGGUGCCGACUCUCACUCAAAUUAUCAUUGCCCGCCUGGCUUCCUCGAACAUGGAGCACAAAGUUAUCGCCGCCAACGCUCUUGGAGAGGUCAUUCGCAAAGCCGGUGAAGGCGUCCUCGGGUCAUUGUUACCAUCACUGGAAGACGGUCUUCAGAGUUCAACCGAUGCUGACAAGCGACAAGGCAUUUGCAUUGCCCUCCGUGAAAUUGUCAACGCUGCUUCACCAGAGUCCCUCGAAGAUCAUGAGAAGAAGUUGAUCUCUAUAGUUCGACUAGCAUUAACGGACUCGGACCCAGAAGUGCGUGAGGCUGCUGCAGAGUCAUUUGAUUCUUUGCAACAAACAUUCGGCAAACGAGCCGUUGACCAGGUUCUACCGCAUCUGCUCAACCUCCUUCGCAGCGAGGGAGAAGCCGAACAUGCUCUGUCUGCCUUGCUCACGUUGCUUACUGAAGCAACAAGAGCCAACGUUAUUCUACCGAACCUGAUUCCAACACUCUUGACCAACCCUAUCACCGCUUUCAAUGCACGAGCACUUGCCUCGUUAGCCAAAGUUGGCGGUGGCAGCAUGACUCGUAGAUUACCCGCCAUCCUCAACAAUUUAGCAGACAACAUAGUCUCGUGCAAGGAUGAAGAGGUCUUGGAGGAAUUGAACGAGGCAUUCGAUGCUGUCUUGUCUUCGGUGGAUGAGUAUGAUGGUCUCAACACUGCAAUGAGCGUCAUGUUAGCAAUGAUCAAGCACGACGACCAUCGCAAACGAGCAGUGGCUGCUACCCAUCUGGCUUCGUUCUUCGCAAGCGCCACUGUCGACUACUCUCGAUACAAUCAAGACCUCAUACGCGUUCUCGUCAUUUCUUUUGGAGAUAGAGACCAAGCUGUUGUCAAGGCUGCUUGGUCCGCUCUCAGUCAAUUACAGUCCCACCUUCGCAAAGAAGAGAUGGAGACACUGGUUGGCUCAACACGGCAGGUCCUGCAACAGGCCGGUACUGCUGGCUCUGUCCUCCCCGGCUUCGCCCUUCCAAAGGGUAUCCUGCCUGUUCUACAAAUAUUCCUGCAAGGGUUGAUGAAUGGUACCACCGAACAGCGAGUCCAGUCCGCAAUGGGUAUUUCCGACAUCAUUGACCGCAGCGGACCAGACUCACUGAAGCCAUUCGUGACCCAGAUCACAGGUCCGCUUAUCCGUGUGGUCGGUGAACGUUCAAUGGACGUCAAAUGUGCUAUUCUUUCCACCUUGAACCAGCUACUCGAAAAGAUACCAACAUUCCUACGACCCUUCCUCCCUCAAUUGCAAAGAACAUUCACAAAGUCCAUUGCUGAUCCGACAAGCGAUGUCCUCCGCACGCGGGCCACAAAAGCUCUCAGCACGCUCAUCACAUUAACACCUCGAGUUGACCCGUUGAUCGCCGAACUGGUCACGGGCGCCAAAACUCCCGAGGCUGGUGUACGCAACGCCAUGCUCAAAGCUCUGCAGGAAGUCGUCAGUAAAGUUGGAUCGAACAUGAGUGACGGAUCGCGCGAAUCUAUUCUCGGUCUGAUGGACACGCAAAUCGAAGGUCACGACGACAACAUGAUGGUCACCAAUGCGCGACUCCUGGGAGCCAUGAUCAAGGUCCUUCCUGCCGAGAAAGCUGGGUCGUUGAUCAAAACGCGUGUCCUGGUCCAACCGUCGACCAACGCUUCGAUCCUCGCUCUCAACGCCGUCUUACUCGAGAGCUCGAGUACGAUUCUGUCGGCGUACGCUGAAGAGACGAGAGCCGUUCUCCUUUCCGGCCUCUCCGGCAGAAGCACUUUCGUGCAGCAGAACUCUGUGCUCGCACUAGGCAAGUACCUCCUGUCCGAGUCGACCAUCGCCGACGAAGAAGCGUGCCAGCCCCUUAUCGAAGCGCUCGCGUCCGUGGUCGCACCAGGAGCGGACAUCGACUCACGCCGCCUCGCCCUGGUCGUGGAACGGACGGUCGCAAGACACCAUCCUGACGAGAUGCGCGCCUUCCUGGGCGUCCUCGUCCCGUCCGUGUUCGCGAGCGUGCGCGAUCCCGUCAUCCCGGUCAAGCUCGCGGCCGAAGCGGCAUUCCUGGAGCUUUUCGGCGUCGUCGACGAGGAAUCCGCCGUCUGGGAGAAGUACAUGGCCGGUCCGGGCAAGGCCUUGUCCCCCGGACAGGCGCGGCCCAUGGGCGACUACUUCAAGCGUGUCGCGCUCAGACUGGGUGCCCAGGCCAGGGAACGACGUGAGGCCGAAGGCGGGGCCGGUGGUCUCGGCCUGAGUUCCGACGAACAAGAGGACGAGCGAGAAGUGUGGAGUGUCGGACGCGUGGAUCUGGGCGAGGGAGGCGCUGACGACGAAUAA